UCAUGUCACUAUAGUUCCUCCAUACUCCUCUUGACAAUGAAUAAAAAUAUAAUAGAUAUCUUACGGGAAUUUAUUUUGAAAACAGAUAUAAAUAUUUGACAGUCAUUGUUAACUAUUAAGCAAUUACAAUUAUAACGUUAUAAUGUUUCUUACGAUUUAUUUAUAUUUCAAGACUUAGUAUGUCACUCAGACUGUUUAGUGUUGAAUCAAUAGAUCUCUAAACCAAGUAUACCUAUCUUAUUGUUUCGCUUACACAUAUAUUUUAUAAAAAUAAAGGAAGAACAUAUUUAAUGUACAAUCUGUCAAAAACAAAAGGAAUAAUUAAUUUUUAUAUUAUCUAUGUGUAUCAUUGGUUGGAUUUAUAAUGGUUAUAUAGCGCGCCGACAAUGGCGCCACCUUUCUGGUGCUAUGCAGCCGUAUUACUAUGUAUAUAAAGUCUACCAAUAAAAACAUUACUAUACUUCCAAGUCAACACCGUCGUCUGCAUCAGUGGAUAAAUAUAAACAAUACGCUUAAAUAAUGUACAAAUCAUAUGAGAAUUGAGGACAGACAGAUAUUCCGCAAGCAAAACAUACGUAAUUCAUAAGUGAGUUAAAAGUUCUGUUAUUGUUUAUCAGAUCAAAUCAACAUUGAAUGAGUUUGCAAUAAAAUUGUUUAAGUUUCGUUGUUUUGCUAUGUAAUUAUGAUGCAUGGCGAAACCAGUAUGCCUAUUUCACCGGUUCUAGAUCUCAAUGUUGACCCAUCAAGGCAAAGAUAUCCAUUUUGCAUUGUUUGGACCCCAAUACCAAUACUAACCUAUUUAUUUCCUUUCAUUGGACACAUGGGAAUUGCCACAUCGGCUGGUAUUAUUAGAGAUUUUGCAGGUCCAUACUUUGUCUCUGAAGAUAAGAUGGCCUUUGGAUGGCCUACAAAAUACUGGCAAUUAGAUUAUACAAAAGCAAAAGGAAGGGUUCAAGGGUGGGACUUGGCUGUACAUGAAGCAAGUGAAAUUUAUAAAGAACGAAUGCACAACUUAUUAUGUGAUAAUUGUCAUUCACACGUGGCUAGAGCUUUAAAUUUGAUGUCUUAUGGCAAUUCAACAAACUGGAAUAUGGUUAAAUUAGCAUUAUACAUAUUUAUAUUUGGAAAAUAUGUCAGUUUUUCAGCUAAAGUAAAAACUUGGGCUCCAUUUAUAGUGAUCAUGACUAUAAUUGUACUGCUCUGUAACUUCCUUUAAAAUAAAUAAUUUAUUUUUUAUCUUUUUUUAAAAAAAUUCAUAGUGUACAUACUUAUGUAA